GGGGAUGUGCCCUGACGCAUCGGCUACGUACGCUUUAUCAAGCGUCUUCCCGCGCGGUAGCCUCCCUGUUCUCUUUGCUCUUCAGAGCUUGCCGUGUCCGGUUCUUUUACUUUUUAGUUUUCAGUUUUUCCCUCCCUUCCCGAAAUUCACCCUACAGGACUCGAAUUCACCGUCAUGUCCUCUGAAGAAGGGAAGCUCUUCGUGGGAGGGCUCAACUUCAACACGGAUGAGCAGGCACUGGAGGACCACUUCAGUAGCUUCGGGCCUAUAUCUGAGGUGGUCGUUGUCAAGGACCGGGAGACUCAGCGUUCCCGGGGUUUUGGCUUUAUCACCUUCACCAACCCAGAGCAUGCCUCUGAUGCCAUGAGAGCCAUGAAUGGAGAGUCUCUGGAUGGUCGCCAAAUCCGUGUGGACCAUGCAGGCAAGUCUGCCCGGGGAACCAGAGGGGGUGCCUUUGGAGCUCGUGGUCGUAGCUACUCUAGAGGUGGUGGGGAUCAAGGAUAUGGGAGUGGCAGGUAUGACAGUCGACCUGGAGGAUAUGGUUAUGGGUAUGGAAGGUCCAGAGACUAUAGCGGCAGAAGCCAGGGUGGUUAUGACCGCUACUCAGGAGGAAAUUACAGAGACAAUUAUGACAACUGAGAUGAGGCAUGCACACGUAAUGUAGAUACACAAGGAAUAACACUUCUGAUCCAGGAUCGUCCUUUCAAAUGGCUGUAUUUAUAAAGAUUUUUGGAGCUGCACUGAAACAUCUGUUUUAGUACAUCAACGUCUAUUUUUGAAUUGAGCUCCCAAGGUAGCUUGUUGAAAACCUUUUAGAAAGCUCCAUAUGUUUAAAAUUUUUUUUCUCCCUUUUACUGACAAGUUUUGGGACAUUCGUUGAAUGGAUAUUUUUACUUUAUCAUUUUUUUCUUUAGUUUGGGCUCUCAGGAUUAUGGAUUCUGGCUAAAAAAAUGUUUGACCAGACUUUUAAAAUUAAUAUGUAUCUAGAGAUAUUUUAAAAAGCUGUAGACGUGAUAUUUAUCAUGUAAUGAUAGGAAGCGAUUUCUCAACGUACCUUUUAAGAAAUCUGCACCAAGAACAUUAUUACUUGGAAGUUUUUUUAAAAAAAAAAAACACAAUCAUGGCCCUGAUUAUAUAGAAGAGUUUCUUAAAAGUGUUUGUGAAUGUCACUUUUUUUUUAAUACUGGAAGAAAAGAAUAUUCUGUUGUGUCUCAUGUAGUGUUUAGAAUGUCCUUCACGGAGCUGAUUAAAAGAUGAAACGUGAAAACA